UUGAAUGCACUUCACUCUCAUUUUUAUAAAACAUGGUUUUGUAAAUUGGCCAAUAAUAAAAAAAAUCACCUGAAAUAUCUGCAAACAGCAAACAGUACAUAAAGUUUGUCAUGCACAAUGAAGUAUUAUGCGCUUGGAUGCAAUGACAAUUGCUUUCCCCCUGACAUUCUCAGGCACUUGGUCUCAAUCUCUCAGUUGCUGUUGUAAAUGAUCACUGAGGGUAUUCAUUUAUAAACCUGAGAUUGUGCGCUCUCAUAGUAUUCUGGAGAAAUAGUGAAAAGCAACAAAGCAUUUCAAAAUAGCAAAAAUUGUAUUCACAGAUACGCACGCACACGCACAGACACAAACACUGGUCUCGCAGUAGUGAUUAAGCCCAUGCAAAUUUCACGAGACAUUAAUUAUGCCCUCUUACCUCAUUAGAGUGCUAAUGUCUUGAUUCAUCAUUACAUUAUUGUUGCUAUUAAUUAAAAUGUACUCUCCACUGGAACUUAACAUGUUCCAUUAAACUGCACUGAUGCUGGAAAUAAGUUAUGAGAAGUAGAGCUUUUGAGACAUACGGGUGCUGAAAGUAUAUAUUUAAGCAGUAGUCUUUACUCGGUUUCAUUUUACAGCGGUAUAGUUAGCUUGAAAAUCUUUGUUUUUCAGCAAAACACUACAAUUUAGUGGGAGAUAUAGUGCCAUGAAAAAGAAGAACAUCACACAGACAGUCAGACAUGGUGGUGGUUGUGUGAUGGUGUGGGGGUGCUUUGAUGUCUGAGGACAUUAAGGAAAUUCUUAAGGGGAAUGUCCGGUCAUCUGCCUUUCUUUGCCUUUAACCCUCUCUCCCUCUCCUCCAGACACUACCACAGCAUGGAUGAAUUUAGCAGUUAUGACCUCUUGGAAAUCAGUACAGGGCGGAAGGUGGCGGAGGGACACAAGGCCAGCUUCUGCCUGGAGGAUACCACCUGUGACUUUGGGCACCUCAAGCGCUAUGCCUGCACAUCGCACACUCAGGGCCUGAGUCCAGGUUGCUAUGAUACAUACAAUGCUGAUAUUGAUUGCCAGUGGAUUGACAUCACAGAUGUUCAGCCAGGAAACUACAUACUUAAGCUCAAAGUGAACCCCAAGUACACUGUGCUGGAGUCAGACUUCACCAACAAUGUGGUCAGGUGUAAUGUACAUUACACAGGUCGCUUUGCCACGACCACAAACUGCAAGAUCACCCAGUCCUGAUGAGACUCCUGGAGCUGGUGCCUAUCAAUGGGUGUCCAGGGGAAUGUAAAUGGAAUUCUUCUUUUCUUUUCUUUUGUUACCAAUUCAUGACCCCACUGAGAGCCAGCAUUCCACCAGCACUGGUGACAAUAUGGAAUAAUUACACAAGCACAAGCCGAGACUUAUUGCAGAUCAUCAGAGAUUCAAGAGUCUGUGACACCCCGCCCCCUCCCUCCCCCCACCAUUUUUUUUUUCCUCUGUUCCUUAGAGUGGAUGAGGGGGAAGUCCCCAGCAAAUAUCCUGGAGAUUUUGAAAGAGGAGCAUAACUGGGCUCGGUGACCUUCUGCUCUGGCGUUGCCCUGUUCGGCAUUAAAUAAGGUGUGACAGGGAGCGGUGCUGCAAUUUCAGGUCCCGCAUGAGUAAAGGUUCACCUACAGUCCAGCACAUAAACUCUGGAAGUAUUCCACUGGUAUUCAUCGACAUUCUUGGAAUGCAGGACACUGAUGACCAAUGACUGCAAUGGACCAUCAUAGAUACUUUUUUUUUGCUGUUGUUUUCGUGCAGUUGUCUAAUUUGCCUCUUUAUGCCUGCUUAAAAGGAGGACCUCUAGGCAAUUACUAACAUUAUGUAAAAAUGUAAAAAGGCUACCAAGUCCUUUAGCCUUGUACUACUGUAAGAGGAAUCCCUGCAUCUUUCUCUCAUUUGACCUAUAACCAAAUUACUGAGCAGUCAAGGUUAUAUGAGUGCCUACACAAUUUACCAUACCAUACAGUUUGACAUAAACACAAUUACAAUGCAUUUAAGCUGAAUUGUAUUCUAAGUUUUUAAGAUAUCAACACUGGACAGAUGUCAGGUUGGUGAUCUUAAUAAUGCAAUAAUGUACAUAAUUUCCCCAAUGAUGCAUAAGUUUAUUUAAAAAAUGCAUUUGUUUUGUCUUUGUUAGGUUUCUUCUUUUCGUAAUGAAAAAAGGUCUAUUGUACUGUCUGAAUUGUUGCUGUAUUUGUAAAAUACCAUAUGUCUUCUAUCACAGAUCCAAUGAAUAAUAUGUUACACAAUUAUGUGUGCAGCAGAUGGUUAUUGUGAAACUACUGCCACAAAUCAUGAAAAUGUCAGUUAGUCUCAUGUAAGCAUGGCUCGUAAAUUUACAAAACUCCAGAAUACUGUAUCUACCUACCUCUAAAAAAUUAGCUAUUGUUCCAGUUUAAAGUAAACCCUAGGAAAGCUUUUGGUUGGGUGCACAACACAUUUAUAGGGUUACGUUUACACCACCUAGUAAAAGUGACCCAAUUAUGAUGUUUUGCUCACGUGGCACAGAUCGGAUAUGUACUAUGAAUCAGUAAACAGGAAAAAAGCACAUGGAAGCGGAUAUUUUCAGAUCCAUUUUGGGCCACAUUCAUGUGGAAAUAAAUCAGAUCGGAUCUGCCAACGCGAUGGUCAUCUAAACGCGUAGAUCGGAAUUUCCCGCUUCAUUUCGAUUCGCACUUCAUUCAAAAUGCGAUAUUCAUACUUUUUUCGCAUUUGAAUGACGCGUAUCAUAUGCACAACUGCUCUCCGCAGGUAAUGCUAAAUGUCAAAAGAAGCAGGACGAAGGCUCAGUCCACUAGCGAAAAUCAAGGUUACGUCCUUUUAAGUGUGAGGGGCAAAGAGUCGGUAUAGACCAAAAUACAGGGGAUAAUGUUCGUUGCGGACGUAAGAGGCUUUGAAAAGCAACAAGAUUGGAUUAUAAUUUUUUUCUCAUUUUGUGUCCACGGUAGAUGGCAAUAUGGUCGUGGUGGCGUGGUUGUUUACUUUUGAAUCGGUAACCAAACCUUUGUGAGCGCAUGGGGGUUGUUUCUAGUGUAAACCAUGUGAGCAUAGAUGGUCCCUUUAAAAAGUAGUUGUCAACAGGCAGAACUGGGCAUCAAGACAUGCGGUGUAAACGUAGCUAAAGUGAGCCUCGUAUGGGUUAGUGUUUGGUGCAUCCAACUACACACUUUGUUUUGGAUUCAUAUCCAGACACUGUUUCUGCUGAACUUGCUGAACUGCUCAAAUGAGAUUUGAGGUCUGUUGAACGCAAAAGGUAAAUGACUUCUAUGGUGAAUUAAUGCAGACAAGACCUUGUGUAUUGUAUCCAGUUUAUAUACCAUAUUACACACUAACUAAUUUAGUAUUUUACAUUGACUGUGCCAUCCUUAAACAUGGUUUCUUUACUGUCGGGUGAUUCUCCAGGUUGCAGACCUACCACAACAAAAGGACAGUAAGAUUGGAGGAUGCUGUUGCAGCACCAGUGUUUGUCUACUCUCAUUGAUAAUAUCAGGUGUGAUCAACCAAACACAGCUGUUAAAAUGUAUAAUUUGUGUGUAUGUCUUUUAAAUACCUUUAUGUCUUGAAUACGUGUCGAAAGUGGCAUAUUUUCAAAUAAAAAUAACAUAAUUACAUUUAAAA